AUGAAGCAGAACAUCUUUUGCCUUGCAGCAACUGCCUCCAUUGUCUCUUGCAAGCCUCAAUACGGCACAUACAACCCCCACGAAUGGAUCCCCGGUGGUCCCGACGACUUCCGCGGCCCUUGCCCCAUGCUCAACACGCUCACGAACCACGGUUUCCUCCCUCGCGACGGCCGCAAUUUCACCAAGGAGAAUGUUGUCAAAGGACUAGGCGAUGGUCUCAACUUCGACUCAACUCUCGCCGGCAUCAUGUGGGAGCAAGCCAUCAUCGCCAACCCAGAGCCGAACGCGACGUUCUUCACGCUCGAGCAGCUGAACGUGCACAAUGUGCUUGAGCACGACGCAAGUCUGUCUCGCACUGACGCGGCAUUCGGCAACAAUCACGUCUUCAACCAGACGGUAUUCGACACGUCGAAGGCGUGGUGGACGGACGAGACGGUUACCGCGAAGCAGCUUGCGCACAGCAAGAUCUUCCGCCAGCUGGUGAGCCGGGCAUCGAACGACAACUACACUUUCAGCGCAUCGACAGAGGAGUUCAGUCUGGGCGAGGUAGCUGCACCGAUCAUUGCGUUUGGCGAUACGAACGUCGGCACAGUGCCGAAAGAUCUGAUGGUGUACUUCUUCGAAAACGAACGUCUGCCGGAAGAGCUGGGCUGGACUAAGAAGAAUCAUUCCAUCACACUGCAGACCAUCUUGUCCACGACGUCGAUUGUCCGUAACGCGACGAAUUUGUUGACGGGUGGUGGAGCUGCACCAGCAGACCCGCAUAAGCGUAGGGACCUGCACAGCGGUCUGUUCUAG